UCUUUUUAGAACUGAUCUCCUGCUGGUUUGACACCAUCUGACCAUGUGGCUGACUGAUUUUUUCUUGGUGUCUGACUUCAAGGCUCUUCUCCUUUUACUCUUUCUCUUCCUACUCUUCGUAGACUACCUCAAAAACAGGAAUCCUCCGAAUUAUCCUCCAGGUCCCCUACGUCUCCCAUUCGUGGGGAAUUUCUUCAGUGUUUACAGCAAACAUCCACACGUUUCUUUCACAAAGUUGGCCAGUGUUUUUGGGAACGUCUUCAGCAUCCAAGUGGGACGUGACAAGAUGGUGUGUGUGUCUGGCUACAAGAUGGUAAAGGAGGCUGUAGUGACACAGGCUGACAACUUUGUGGAUCGACCAUACAGUUCAAUAGCUGACAGGUUUUUCCAAGGAAAUACAGGUGGUCUGUUUCAGACUAAUGGUAAAAAAUGGAAGAAGCAGCGCCGUUUUGCCUUGUCGACUUUGCGUAGCUUUGGUCUGGGCAAAAACAUCCUGGAGCAGAGUAUCUGUGAGGAGGUCCGAUACCUGCAAGAGGAAAUAGAGAAGGAAAACGGAAAACCUUUCAACCCCGUCCGCUUCUUCAGCAGUGCUGUAUCCAACAUAAUUUGCCAGCUGGUGAUGGGCAAACGAUUUGAUUACAGUGACCAUAACUUCCAGACUAUGUUGAAGUAUUUGUCUGAAGCUCUUUACCUGGAGGGCUCUGUAUGGGGUCAACUGUAUGAGUCAUUUCCUGGAGUGAUGAAGUACUUGCCAGGUCCUCACAACAAAAUGUUCACCAACUACAACUUAUUGAUGGAAUUCCUCAGUCAGGAGAUAAAGAGACACAAGCAAAAUCUGGACCAUAACAAUCCUCGGGACUACAUUGAUGCCUUUGUAAUUGAAAUGGAGAAUCACAAACACAUGUCUGAUGAGGGAUUCAGUGAGACCAACCUGACUAUGUGCUCACUUGAUCUCUUUUUGGCUGGAACCGAGACAACCUCAACCACUUUGCUGUGGGCUUUGGUUUUCAUCAACAAUCACCCGGAUAUUCAAGAGAAGGUCCAGGCAGAGAUUGACAGAGUGAUUGGACAGAGCCGUCAACCCACUAUGGCUGACAGACCCAGCCUGCCCUAUACUGACGCGGUGAUCCAUGAGGUCCAGAGGAUUGGAAACAUUGUGCCUCUGAAUGGACCCAGAGUGGCUGCAGAAGACACGACACUGGGAGGUUACUUUAUCCCCAAGGGCACUGCCUUGAUGCCCACCUUGACCUCUGUCCUGUUUGAUGAGACUCAGUGGAAGACUCCACACACAUUCGACCCUGGACACUUUCUAGAUGCUGAUGGAAAGUUUGUGAAGAGAGACGCAUUCCUGCCUUUCUCUGCAGGGAAACGGGCGUGUCUUGGAGAAAGCCUUGCAAAGAUGGAGCUGUUCCUAUUUUUUGUGGGGUUAAUGCAGAAAUUCUCUUUCUCAACACCUGAUGGAGCAGCUUUGAAUACAGAAGGAGUGACUGGAGUUACACAUUUCCCCCAUCCUUUUAAAGUUCAGGCCAAAUGUCGCUGAACAACAGUAUGUAACCUGAACAUUAGAUAAGUUAUUUUGU